AAAUCGCAUCGCUGGUGGUGUUUUGGUUUUGGCUGGAAGGCUGUGCCCACGCGAGACCGCUCCGGCCGCUGCUCACCUCGGGGGAAAGUGGAGCCGGGGGUUUUCCGCCCGCUCCCCAUCGCUCUGGAUCGCGGCCGGGGACCCGGCUGGGGUUUGGGGAGGCCCGUCGCGAGAUGUACCAGAGUUUAGCCAUGGCAGCGAACCCCGGCCCUCCGGCGUACGAGGGGGCAGGUGGCUUCAUGCACAGCGCGGCCGCAGCGUCCCCGGUCUAUGUGCCCACCACGAGAGUCACCUCCAUGCUCCCCAGCCUGCCCUACCUCCAGAGCAGCGGCUCUUCCCAGCAAGGCAGCCCCGUCUCCAGCCACUCCAUCUGGACUCAGCCCGGAGCCGAAAGCGCCGCUUACAAUCCCGGAUCUUCUCACCCUCCCGUGUCACCUCGGUUCUCCUUCUCCACCAGCACCCCCAUCCCUGCCACCUCUUCCCGGGAAGCGGCGGCGGCUUACAGCGGCUCCUUGAACCUUUCUGCUAACGGGAGGGAGCAGUACAGCAGGGGCUUCGGCAGCUCCUACUCCAGCCCCUACCCGGCCUAUAUGAGCCCCGAAAUGGCCACGACCUGGACUUCCUCGCCCUUCGACAGCCCGAUGCUGCACAACCUGCAGAGCCGAGGGACGCCCGCGGCCGCCCGGCACGCCAACAUCGCAGAAUUCUUUGACGAUUAUUCCGAGGGGCGAGAAUGUGUCAACUGUGGGGCCAUGUCCACCCCGCUCUGGAGGAGGGAUGGCACGGGGCACUACCUCUGCAACGCCUGCGGGCUCUACCACAAGAUGAACGGCAUCAACCGGCCCCUGUUCAAACCCCAGAGGAGGCUGUCGGCGUCUCGCCGCGUCGGCCUCUCCUGUGCCAACUGCCACACGACCACAACCACGCUGUGGCGCAGGAACGCCGAGGGAGAGCCCGUCUGCAACGCCUGUGGACUCUACAUGAAGCUCCAUGGGGUUCCCAGGCCUUUAGCAAUGAGAAAAGAGGGCAUUCAGACGAGGAAGCGCAAGCCGAAGAACCUUAACAAAACAAAGACACCAGCAGGCCCAUCCAGCAGCGAGAGUCUUACCCCGACCACCAGCUCCACCAGCAGCAGCAGCAGCGCCACGACCACCGAGGAAAUGCGGCCCAUAAAAACCGAGCCCGGGCUCUCAUCUCACUACGGGCACCCCAGCCCGGUUUCUCAGGCAUUCUCAGUCUCUGCCAUGUCCGGCCAUGGAUCCUCCAUUCAUCCUGUGAUCUCAGCUCUGAAGCUUUCCCCGCAGGGUUACCAGUCAGCCAUCAGCCAGUCUCCCCAAACCAGCUCCAAACAGGACUCCUGGAACAGCCUGGUGUUAGCUGAGAACCACGGGGACAUCAUAACUGCAUAACCUGGGCUCCCACCCACCAACUUCAGGCUGAUCCACUCAAGAGAUGAAGAAGAUGCCACGUCAAUGUUGUUUCCCACCUCCCCUGCUCUCCUGCCUUCUCUUUCCUUUGUGAGAUGUUCCAGCAAAGAGGUAAAGAGGACUGAUCUGAGGUUCAGGAGAGCUCUAAUGAAGCAGAGACUAAAAUCUCAAAGUAACUACUGGAUACGAAGCAUUUUCCCCCACUUUAAAUGAGCCUCUCUAUUUGAUUGUCAUCACCUUCGAU